AUGGACCAACGUAACCCUUUCCACCAUCAUCACCACCAACAUCAGCUUCAUCACUUGAUUCAGCAGCAACAGCUUCCUCCGACGGCGGCGAUGGAUCCCAUCGGAGGAGGAGGAGGUGAGAGAAUCCCACAGUGGAGCAUAGAGGAGACAAAGGAGCUUUUGGGUAUAAGAGAAGAGCUUGAUCAGACUUUCAUGGAGACCAAACGUAAUAAGCUUCUUUGGGAAGUCGUCGCUGCUAAAAUGGCUGACAAGGGUUUUGUACGGAGCGCGGAACAAUGUAAGAGCAAGUGGAAGAACCUCGUCACUAGAUACAAGGCAUGUGAAACGACUGAACCAGAAGCUAUUAGGCAACAGUUCCCAUUCUACAACGAGAUCCAAUCAAUUUUCAGUGCAAGAAUGCAAAGAAUGUUGUGGUCAGAAGCCACAGAACCAAGCACUUCUUCGAAGAGAAAACAUCACCAGUUUUCAUCUGACGAAGAAGAAGAGGAAGAAGUUGAGGAGCCAAAUCAAGACAUCAACGAGGAAUUAUUGUCUUUCGUAGAGACACACAAGAAAGAGACAGAAGAAGUGAUUACCACUAGUACGUCUACUAAUCCAAGAAAACGUGCGAAAAAAGGAAAAGGCCUUACAGGUAGCACCAAAGCUGAAACCGCGGGUGGUACGGUGAAAGAAAUGUUGGAGGAGUUUAUGAGGCAAACGGUGAAGAUGGAGAAGGAAUGGAGAGAUGCGUGGGAGAUGAAGGAGAGAGAGAGGGAGAAGAGAGAGAAAGAGUGGCGGAUGAGAAUGGCGGAGCUUGAGGAGGAGAGAGCAGCCGCGGAGAGGAGGUGGAUGGAGAGAGAGGAAGAGAGACGAUCGAGAGAAGAAGCUAGGGCUCAGAAGAGGGAUACUCUCAUUGAUGCUUUGCUUAAUAAACUUAAUAGAGAUCAUGAUGAUAAUCAUCACCGAGGCUUUUAA